GAUGAGAGUGGCCGACAGGAGAGACGGACGCUUCUCUUCUUUUGUGGACCGGCGGUGCGCAAAAGUGCGCUCCGUGGCUCAGCAUCAUCUUCAUCCUCCGCUCCUGAGAUCAACCCGAACCCAAGAGGCGCGCUGAGAUCCUCACCGAAGCCCCCCGUGCGAGAUGUGCUGUGGACUGCAGAUGAUUUUCCCUCCUCCUCCAGUUCAAAUUCAAUGGCAGACAAAGACUGCAUUUCUCACUGCUCUUGUUAACACUGAGCUCAGAAAGACAGAUCUGGUCCACAGCUAAACCACCGUCUCCGUACUCCCGUCUCUUUGCCAAUCUCCACUCUUCAGUCCAUCACCAUGACUUGCUUUCUGGCAUCUGCCUUCCUUCUGGUUCUCCAGACAUACGCUGCCCCGCCAGAGUUCGUCCAGACAGGAUUUGAUAUAACACUGGAACCCAUGGACCUUGAUCCUGGACUAGCAGCUAACGUCUCUGGAGAUGUAACCUCGUCUCCGCCCCCAGGAACGAGCAAACGAGCCCCACAUAGUAUCAUCAUUGGGGUACGCAAAGGAGGCACUCGAGCGCUGUUGGAGAUGCUGGACAUACACCCUGAGGUCGCUGCUGCUGCCACCGAGGUGCACUUCUUUGACUGGGAUGAGAACUAUGCCAAGGGCUUCGAGUGGUACCGCGAGUUGAUGCCCUACUCUUACCCACACCAGAUCACAGUAGAGAAAACACCAGGUUACUUCACAUCAGCCCUCGCACCAGAACGCAUCUGUGCCAUGAACUCGUCCAUAAAGCUGCUGCUGAUCUUACGAGACCCAGCCGAGCGGGUCAUCUCCGACUACACCCAGGUGUACUUUAACCGGCUGGAGAACCACAAGCCGGUGCAAGCCAUCGAGAACCUGCUAGUGCGCAAUGGAGCCCUGAAUAUCCGGUACAAGGCCAUUCAGAGGAGCCUGUACGACGUCCACAUGCGUAACUGGCUGCGCUACUUCCCGUUGGAACAGAUACACAUAGUGGAUGGGGACGCCCUGAUCCGUGACCCCCUCCCAGAGCUUCAAAAGGUAGAGCGCUUCCUUAACUUGCCUCCCAGGAUAGUAUCCUCCAACUUCUACUUCAACCAGACCAAGGGGUUUUACUGCAUCCGAAGUGACGGCCGGGAGCGCUGUCUCCACGAGUCUAAGGGACGUCCUCACCCCGCCGUCAACAGCACUGUCCUGCAGCAGCUCCGCUCCUACCUGCAGGAGCACAACCGAACCUUCUUCAGGCUGGUGAAGCGCACCUUUGAUUGGCAAUAA